CAGUAAAAAUGGCUUCUCAGUUCAGCGGCGUGCUGCAGUUGACAGAUCUUGAUGAUUUUAUCACUCCCUCUCAGGAAUGCGUCAAACCUGUGAAAAUAGAAAAAAAACUUGGUAAAUCGGUGGCCAAAAUUCAGAUAGAAGAUGAUGGCAGUUAUGUCCAGGUCAACAAGGAUGGAGGGAAACAGAAGCUGGAGAAAGCAAAGAUCACACUAGAAGACUGUUUGGCCUGCAGCGGCUGCAUCACCUCAGCUGAGAGCGUCCUCAUCACACAGCAAAGCCAUGAGGAGCUCCUCAAAGUGCUUCACAACAACAAGGCCAACGCUGAAGAACACAAGGUUGUGGUGGUGUCCGUUUCACCGCAGUCCAGAGCUUCCAUCGCUGCACACUUUGACCUCAGCAGUACUGAGGCAGGCAGGAGGCUUACUUCUUUCUUUAAAGGCAUUGGGGUUCAUCAUGUGUUUGACACAAGCUUUAGUCGGACCUUCAGCCUGCUAGAAGCCAGGAGAGAGUGUGUGGAAGCUGUUCAAGAGGAGAGAGCAGAGCAGCAAGACUCUGCCCAUGCUUGA